CCGGCCUCCGGCCAUGCUGCAGCGCGCGGCGGGCAACGCCUACUCCUGGUGGUGGGCGUCCCACAUCCGCACCAGCCAGUCCAAAUGGCUCGACGCCACCCUCAACGAGAUGGAGGAGAGGGUGAAGCUCAUGAUCAAGCUCAUCGGGGCGGACGCCGACACGUUCGGCAAGAAGGCAGAGCUCUACUUCCGGAGCCGACCGGAGCUCAUCAGCAACGUCGAGGAGAUGUUCAGAUCCUACCAAGCGCUGGCCGACCGGUAUGACCGGAUAUCUAGCGAGCUGCACAAGGCCAACCACACCAUUGCCACCGUUUUCCCGGACCAUGUCCAGUUCUCCAUGCAAGAGGGUGACUCCGAAGGAGUCCCCAAGGCAAUUACAAGUAUUGAUCUCAUCAACUACAAAUUCCCUGCCCUGGAAGGUUUGCCCAUGGGCUCACGGGUCACAAGCCGGGGAUCGAGCCCGAACCCGGCUCCGAAGAGGACCCAGACGCACCGGCGAGUCGGCUCCCACAUGAACAAGGACAGGGCACUGGAAGAGAUCGACAAGCUGCAGAAGCAAAUCCUGGUGCUGCAGACCGAGAAGGAGUUCUUGAAGACCACUUAUGACAGUGCACUGGGCAAGUAUCUGGACAUUGAAAGGAAGGUGGCCGAGUUGCAGGAGGAAGUUUGCGGCUUGCAAGAUACUUUUAGCACUAGCUCGGGCAUUGAAGACAAUGAAGCCCGAGCACUGAUGGCUUCACGAGCCCUUAUGUCUUGUGAGCAUACAUUGGUUAACUUGCAGGGCCAGCAAAAGAGGUCAUCUAAAGAGGCGAGGACUGAAUUUCAAAGAUUCAACGAGGCAAAGGAGAAACUGAAAACCUUCAAGGAUGAGUGUGGGCAGCCCCAGACGCAAGAUGACGGGCCCGAUCACGAUGAAACAGGACUUACCCAAGUACUGCCACCUGUGGAUGGUGGCGAUUCUGUUCAGAACGAGGCUAAGCUUGACCUGCAGGAAGUAUGCCAAAAAAUCAAAGAACUAAUUGAAUUGCGCCCAGAGGCAUCAGUUUCAGACAUAGCGGAAAAGGUUGAUCGACUUGUGGAGAAGGUAGUCAACCUGGAGCUUGCUACUACGUCGCAGAACGCUCAGAUCGAUAGAAUGAAAUCCGAGAUAGAUGACUUUCACAAGCGCCUGCAUGCCUUGGAGGAGGAGAAGGCGGCUUUGGUUGUCGAUUCCAGUAAGUUGGCCGACAGGUUGAAGCAAGUUGAGGUGGUGCUACAAGUCGUCCUACAAAUUGGUAGGUCCAUACAACAUGGUACCGAGAAUAUUAGUAAAGAAAUGACUGAAGCUUGCAGUGAACUUGCUGGGUUUGUAGAAGCAUUGAACUCUCCAGCGUCUGAAAACAGCAAAUUUUUUGAUUCGUCCGAAAAGGGCUCGGAAGAUCUUGUGGUGCAGCAACAGCUUGUUGCUAAUCUAUCUGAAGGCGAGGAUAAUAUUUUAUCAGAAGAUUAUGCAUCUGUGCUUCAGAUCUACAAAGAUACAGAGCAACAACUUUCUGAAAUUGAGAAGGAAAACCAAAAGUAUCAUACUGAGGCGAUGUCAGAGCUGAAGGAACUGAAGAGCUCUAAUACAAUGAAAGACGAGGAGAUUCAUUCUCUUCGCCGCAUGCUAAGUUCUUUGCAGAGAAAGAUGAAUGUUUCUGUUUCGGAGAGCGGGGAGACGUCUGAAGAAACGUCCAAAAUAAGCAGCACUCCUACAACUGAAGACAAAGAGAUUGCUGAUGUAGAUGAAUAUAUUAAGCAAUGCGAAGGUGAAGAACCACUUGAGUAUUCAGUUGGGGAGGAAAAAUUUAGAGCAGAGAUCGACAAGGUGUUGGAGCAGACCAUGGACUUCUGGCUGAGGUUUAGCACAUCAUACCAUCAAAUACGACAUUUCCAAACAGCAUUUGACAGGCUAAAAGCCGAGAUGAUUAAGUUGACCGAUGCACAGGCACAGGGAGUUGCAGAUGGAAUUCCUACUAAUCAUCAGGUAGCAAAACUGGAGUCAGCUGUUUUAGAAAAGAAAUUUCGGGAUUUGAAUACAGAUCUUCAAGUUUGGAUGGAAAAGAAUGUGCUAUUAAAAGGAGAGCUGGAGAACAGGUUCUCUUCACUAUGCAGCAUACAAGAGGAUAUAUCAAAGAUCACAAUUCUGGAUAAAGGUGGUGAAGAUCAUUUCAUCCUCAUCCAAGCUGCAAAAUUCCAAGGAGAGGUUCUUAAUAUGAAACAAGAGAAUAACAAAGUUGCUAAAGAGCUAGAAGCUGGGCUGGACCACGUAAGAGGUCUCCAAGUGGAGGUUGGGAGGGAGCUCUUGAAACUCCGGGAGAAUCUUGAGCUAUCUAUAGCAAGAAGCAACCGCGCUCAACAGAACUUUCGAACCUUGUCAACAAAAGCUGUGGUUCCCCUUAGAACUUUCCUGUUUGGUGUGAAGCCGAAGAAGCCAUCACUCUUCUCCUGCAUGGGUCCUGGGAUGCAUAAGCAAUAUGGUAGCUCGAAGUCUGGUCGUAGAUGAGAAUGGUUGGGUUAUCUGCUAUUUGUUUCUUCAUAUUAAUACAUGAGAGAUUUCAUUGUAGUAGCCAGUGGAUUUGGAGCUAUACGUGUCUUUCCUUAGGGCUUAAAUGUAUAGGACCUGCAUCACUUGACUCGAAUUUGGUUUACGAUUCAAUAUACUCCUGCACUAACCUUACUGCCA